UCUGAUCCAGCCUACAGGAUUAAAGGGGUGAGAGGAGGCCGUGAGAGACGCGGCCCGUCCUGCCCUCACAAUCCUCACAUCACAGACAGACGCUGAGCGCUCAGCAGCUCCACACAGUCUUGUGUUUGUGGAGAUGGGUCUGCGCUGGCUGUGGAGGCACCGGGUGAGCGCUUUACUGCUGGUGUUAGCGCUCCUACUGCUCCUCACACUCCUGGCCACACACUCACUGCAGACCAACAGAACCUAUGAACUGAGACCUACAGCAGACAGAAGGAACCAGAGAAGAGCUCCUGAGAAACACACGUCAACGCUCACUCCAAACACACACCAACCGCUCAAACACACAACGACAGCCAGAGCCGAGCGGCAGAGAUCACAUCCACCAUUGGUCUUCCUGAAGACACACCGGACCGGCAGCAGCACCGUGCAAAACAUCCUGUUUCGACUCGGGGAACGAGAGGGCGCCACUUUUGCCUUUCCCUCCCACACGUACCAGUUUAACUACCCAGACAGAUUCAGAGCGGCGUUUGUGGAUGAGCUGCCUGAGGGUUCAUCUCAGUUCAACGUGCUCUGUAGUCACAUGCGUUUGGACCUGAGGGAGGUGAGGAAGGUUAUGCCCCAGAACACAGUCUUCAUCACGCUGUUGCGAGACCCGAUCAAGACCUUCGAGUCGGUCUUCGGAUACUACACCUCCAUCACCCCAGCGUUCUUCAGUGCACACCGAGCCGCCGCCAACCAAGGCAAAUCUGCACUUUCUGUGUUCUUGGACUCUCCAGAAACCUUCUGGGACCCGAAGGAACCUGGGAAUGGUCUUGCCAAGAACCCAAUGAGCUUUGACUUGGGGCUGAACAACCAGAAGUGGAACGGCUCCUGGCCGGAGGACUUGGCUCAGCUGGAGGAAGCGUUUCACUUGGUGAUGAUCGCAGAGCACUUUGACGAGUCCCUAGUUCUCCUGGGAGCUCUUCUCGGACUGGAGCACCCGGAUGUGGCUUACCUUCGGCUCAACGCUCGCGCUGGCAACUGUGUGACGGAGCUGGAUGAGAACAUGCGGGAGAAAGUGCGAUCGUGGAACAUGCUAGACACAUUGCUGUACGACUUCUUCGAGCAGGUGUUCUGGGAGAAGGCAGCUCAGUUCGGGUUGGAGAGGUUGAAAACAGAGGUGGCGCGGCUCAGGGCCUCUACAAUGAAAAUGCAACAGAAAUGCGUGUCCAGGGCUGAGGUUCCUCCGGGAGAGCUGGAAGACUUGCUCCGCCCAUGGCAGACGGAGACGGCUACUAUCGUGGGAUACGAGGUGCGAGGGAACCUGUCACUCCAGGAUCAGGGGUUUUGUGUUCGGAUGAUGCUUCCCGAGCUUCAGUAUCACUCGCACUUGUACUUCAAGCAGUACGGUAGAGAUAUGAGAGCUGCUCCUGCUGACUGAAACCUGAGAUGGACGUAGUGGGAUUCACAGGAGUCGAAGGUCUGAUCUUGGCCAAUGGGAUUCUGUGGAUUUGUGACAGAACAAGUCUGGUGGAAGACUUGUUCCAAGACAGAACAACUGCUCCAUCUAAAACAAAGCCUGAAUAAGACAAGAGAGAAACACUACUUUGCCUGAACGGUGGUCUACAUCAGUGGUGCCCAUCCCAUGUCCUGUAGAACCCCAAACAGCACACGUUUUGUAUGUUUCUCUCAUCUGACCCAACCAUUUCAGGUCUUUGAAAUGAUGAGUUGAAUCACAAAUGUUUAAUUAGGACAAUAGUGUUCAAUCCUGCUCCUGGAGGGCCAAUGUCCUGCAGAGUUUAGCUCCAACCAGUUCCAACACAUCUGCCUGGAAGUUUCUAAUGAGCCAGAAGACCUUGAUAAGCUGGUGUAGAUGUGUUUUAUUAAAGUUGGAGCUAAACUCUGCAGGUAAAUGGGCAUCUAGGAGCAGGAUUAGAGACCCGUGGAUUAGGCAGAAAUAUAAAAGUUGAGGAAACUCCAAGACCAGGGUUGGGAAGCACUGGUCCGCACAUGAAACUGAUGGAGAAAGAUAAAACUGCAACUGCUCUGUACGACACUCUUGGUACUUUCACACAUACGGUCUUUGCUGUAAACCAGUGUCCAAUUCUGCUCCUGGAGGGUCACUUUCCUGCAGAGGUUAUGAUGCCUUCACAUGUUAAAGGAAAUUUCUUACUGCCCAAUAUUUAAGUUAGUCUUUUUUUCGCAUUUUAGUGCUUUGUUGUUAGGAAGACUAGGAAUCACGGAGGACAUCAGGUUCGUUCUAGACUAUUUCUUGGCAGAAUCUUAUUAAGGCCAAAAGGUUUUGAAGAUAUUUAAUCAAGAACCAAUGGAUUUUGAAUAAAAUGCAGCAUCCAAGUUGUUGACAACCAUAUAA